ACGCCAUGUUGGAGCAGGAGUGGGUUCGGGUGGCUAUUUUCUGACGCCGUAUGUUUUUCUUUAAAAUUAUCCGCCUUCACACAUCGCUGGUGUCUGUCAACCGAGCGCGUCGGGCGCUCUGAACGACAGUGGCCAUGAUGAACUCCAGCGUCGACCUGUCCCGGAGGAAUCCGCAGGAGGAUUUCGAACUGAUCCAGAGGAUAGGAAGCGGCACGUACGGAGAUGUGUACAAGGCUCGCAAUGUAAACACAGGGGAGCUGGCUGCUAUCAAAGUCAUCAAACUGGAGCCAGGGGAGGACUUUGCCGUCGUCCAGCAGGAGAUUUUGAUGAUGAAGGACUGUAAACACUCCAACAUCGUAGCAUACUUCGGCAGUUAUCUCCGGAGGGACAAGUUAUGGAUCAGCAUGGAGUACUGCGGGGGAGGUUCUCUACAGGACAUCUAUCAUGUAACCGGGCCUUUGUUAGAAUCUCAGAUAGCCUACAUGUCACGGGAGACCCUGCAGGGUUUAUACUAUCUUCAUAAUAAAGGCAAAAUGCACAGAGACAUCAAGGGUGCCAACAUCUUGCUGACAGACAACGGCUAUGUGAAACUAGCCGACUUUGGUGUAUCAGCGCAGAUCACAGCAACUUUGGCCAAGAGGAAGUCGUUCAUCGGGACGCCUUACUGGAUGGCUCCAGAGGUGGCAGCAGUGGAGAGGAAAGGAGGUUACAACCAGUUGUGUGAUAUUUGGGCUGUGGGCAUCACAGCAAUAGAGCUGGCUGAACUGCAGCCACCCAUGUUUGAAUUGCAUCCCAUGAGGGCUCUUUUCUUAAUGACUAAGAGUAAUUUCCAGCCGCCGAAGUUGAAAGACAAGGCCAAGUGGACAGACAACUUUCACCAUUUUGUAAAAGUAGCCCUGACCAAGAAUCCAAAGAAGAGGCCCACAGCGGAGAAGCUGCUACAGCACCCAUUCGUGUCUCAGCCCCUGAGCAGGACGCUGGCGAAAGAGCUGCUGGACCGAGCCAAAAACCCUGACCACAACAACUACAAUGACUUUGAUGACGACGACCCCGAGCCAGAGUCUCCGGUGGCUGUCCCUCAUCGCAUCCGUUCCACCAGCAGAAGCACCAGAGAAGGAAAGACCCUCUCUGAGAUCAACUUCGGUCAGGUGAAAUUUGACCCCCCACUGAGAAAGGAGACAGAGCCCCAUCAUGAACCGUGUGAAUCUGAGCCCUAUCUGGACUGUGUUGAGGAGCUCUACUAUACCGCGAGAUCUAAUCUGGACUUGCAGUUGGAGUACGGCCACGAUUCACCUUGUCUGCUUGGCGGAAACAAGAGCCUUCUCAAGUCUGUAGAGGAGGAGCUACAACAAAGGGGCCAUGUGGCACACUUAGGGGAUGAUGAGGAUGAGGAUGAUGAUGGUGCAGAUGAUGAUGAAACUCACACUCAUAAGAUGAACACUAUCCUGAGGCCAAAGGUCCCGCCCCCACUUCCCCCUAAGCCCAAGUCCAUCAGCUCACCCCACCCGCAGCCAAAACAAGAUGACAGCCAAUCGCACAGUGAAGACGACGGCGGUGGCGGCACCAUCAAACGCUGCCCGGCCCCGCAGACCCCCAGCCCCGCCAAGCCCGCCUCCAACGUACCCCCGCGGCCCCCGCCCCCGAGGCUGCCGCCCCACCGUCGCAGCAGCCUAGGUAACGAGACCGCGGCGUGCGCAGAUGCAGAAAAGUCGGCCCCGGAGGAUGACGGGAGCUUUAGGCAUUUCUGGGAGUGGCUCCACACGCCUCACACUGAGGAGGAGCUGGAGGAGGCGUGGGAGGUGCUGAAGGAGGUGAAAGAGGAGCAGGAAAAAGAGGAUGAGGAAGAGAGGAACGGCGUCAACUCAUCACACAACGGAGACCGCGACAGUCCUGCGGACAGACAGUCCACGAUGCCCCCGAGUGUCCCAAUACGGAAAGACAAGAAGGACCUUCCGAUGCCAAGUAGCAACGGCCUCCCACCUACACCCAAAGUCCAUAUGGGUGCAUGUUUUUCCAAGGUGUUCAACGGCUGCCCUCUCAAGAUCCAUUGCGCCACUUCCUGGAUCAACCCGGACACCAGAGACCAGUAUUUGAUAUUUGGAGCUGAAGAGGGGAUUUACACACUGAACCUUAAUGAGCUGCAUGAAACCACAAUGGAACAGCUCUUCCCUCGCCGGUGCACAUGGUUGUACGUUAUGAGCAAUAAUCUUCUCUCCGUGUCAGGAAAAGCCUCCCAGCUGUACUCGCACACCCUGCCAGGACUGUUUGAGCAGGCCCGACAGUUGCAGAAGCUACCAGUAGCCAUUCCCACACACAAGCUGCCUGAUAAGAUGAUACCCAGGAAGUUUGCCGUUUCCACUAAAAUUCCAGACACUAAAGGGUGCCAAAAGUGUUGCGUGGUGCGGAACCCGUACACAGGCCACAAGUACCUCUGUGGGGCCUUCCAGUCCCAUGUCAUGCUGCUGGAGUGGGUGGAGUCCAUGCAGAAGUUCAUGCUCAUCAAGACCAUCGACUUCCCUCUGCCGUGCCCGCUUGAGGUGUUUGAGAUGUUGGUGGUGCCGGAGCAGACCUACCCGCUCAUCUGCGUGGCGGUCAGUAAAGGGACAGAACUCAACCAGGUGGUCCGCUUCGACACAGUCAACCCCAACGCUACCUCUUCCUGGUUCACAGAGACGGAUACGCCUCAGACGUGCGUGAUCCAUGUCACGCAGCUGGAGAGAGACACCAUCCUCGUCUGUCUCGACCGGUGUAUCAAGAUCGUUAACCUCCAGGGCAGAUUGAAAUCCAGCAGGAAGCUAUCGGCCGAGCUCACCUUUAACUUCCAGAUCGAGUCCACAGUGUGUCUCCAGGAUAGCGUGCUGGCCUUCUGGAGGCACGGCAUGCAGGGGCGGAGCUUCAAGACCAACGAGAUCACGCAGGAGAUCUCGGACAGCACACGCAUCUUUAGACUACUGGGGUCAGACAGGGUGGUGGUGCUGGAGAGUCGGCCGACGGACAACCCGACAGCCCACAGCAACCUCUACAUCCUGGCAGGCCAUGAAAACAGCUACUGACACACACACACAAACACGCUAACACCUCGCAUAAGGAGCCUAGCAACUAGCAAGGAAGCGCGCAAGGCCGUGAGUGACACGCACGAGGCCACCCCGCACCCCCUCCCUGCAAACCCCGCCCCUUCUUUACACCUCUCUCACCCGACCUGCAGUGCGGUCGGCGUCACUGAGAGACGAGCAGUGCUGGAGAGGCACCACGGUGCGUUUAAACGUGAUGAUGAUGGCGACGGCGGUGGCGGCGGUUUGAGAUCUAUUCCCCCCAAAAACUGUAGAAAUAUCCCGCUUAUGAAGCCCCGCCCUCUUCAGCACGGAGGUGUGUCCUCCACAACACUUGUACUACUAGUCGUACACAUCGUGCUACUACUGCGGCCUGCCCCGUCUUGCACAGACCCUAAGCCUCCUAACGACCCCCGUUCCCUAUCACUUUUAUUUAUUGUGGCAUGACGUUAACCACCGGGACGACUCUCCUGUUUUUCUAGCAGGACAACUCCAAAAAAAAAAAAAAAAAGCUUUCCCACCUCCGCUUAACAACAGCCGUCACCACAUAAGUGCUUAACUGAUGUCUAUUUAAUGGAUGUACAUAUAAAUGUAGUAUUUUUGGACAGAUAUGAACACUAAAACUGCUCGUGUAGUUAGGCGUCUGCGUAGUUGCAAGGAAGGACUGACAAGGGGAGGAGGCCGGCGGGGUACGGUUGGUCACUUCCUGGUUCCCCCGAACAUGUGACGAGGAAGCAGAGACGCCCCCCGGUCUCCUCAGAUGGACCUUUUUUCAUUUAAAGGAUAAGAUUGGGACACAAAAUGGACAACAACGUGUCACAAUUACACUUUUUUUCUGCCAUUUUUUUAAAAACCUUUUUAUGCAGUUCUCAUAAGGCUUCUUUUUUUAAUGCUUUUUUUUUUAUUUGAACCACUGGUGUUAAACAUUUGCACAGAGAAAGAGGUAUUUGUGAAAGAAAUGUGACGUCUCAUUUGAGUGUGCGUGUGUAUGUGUGCGUUUGUGUUAUAAAUGUGCGUUUUACACACAUCUUGUUAUAGCAUCAGAACUGUCGGCACUAAAUAGAUAGCAAAAUAUGCAAAAUUUCUAUUUAUCGAACUCCUUUGCCUUUUUUUGGUAAUUAUUUUAAUAUUGUUUUUUUUGUAUUUUAAUCUCUUGGAUGUCUCAACAGGUAAUAGAACACUCCUCGCUCAACGCUAAAUAUAAAUCUAUACAUAAACAUCAAACAUUUCAUUUUCAGCUUUUCUGGAAAAUACUCAAAUUUUCCUUUUUAUAUGGAGCUCAAUUUUGAUUGUUCUUAGAGGGUUUUAAAAGGCAGUCAUCUAUGUAAACACUAAUGCAGCUUAAAAAAAAAUAAAGAAAUUAUAGCAUUGAAAACACAAAUCUUACAGUAGAAAGAAAAGCAAAGCACAAGUGGAAUAUUUUAAUUUGCACAGUGAGCUUCACAUUAGUGGCUAAUAUUCCAAAUACCGUAUUUCCUCACCGAGUGCAUUUCUUUCGAUUUUAUAAUGUAUUCAAUUUCAUAUGGGUAAUACUGACAAAUGCAACAUUAAAAAUAGCUCCGAUAAACAAUAAUUAAAAAAAAAAGAAUUCUAAUGAGACAAAAUUACCAGUACUGUGCUGGUGAGCAAAUCAAGCGCUUCUUUUUUCUCCUGCCUGUAACGUUAACGGCCUGUCGUAACUUCCACUGAGCUCACUUGUCAACAAACAUUUAGCAUGCUAUUUGUACCAAAAAAAACACACAGCCAACUCAAACACCAGCGCCGCUACAACAUGACAUGUUUCAAAAGUGCAAAAAGUUUGCCAGAGACCUCUGUAACGGCGCACCAGCUGCUCGGAGCGUGUGUCCGAAUACAGUGCACCUUGCUCGGCCACCGCCAGCGGCUCAUCCCACUCUAUACUCUAUUCUCCUGAUUGUAGUGAUGAAUAGUAAUGUCAUUAUAUUUGAUAAGGACAAAACAGGUACAGUUAAAAAGGUAAGAAGGUCUCAAUCUACAGUCAAAUUUAAACAAAACUAAAUUUAAACUAAAAAAACAAAACAAUUUUAAAUACAUAACUUUAACUCAGAUGCGCUAUUUGAGGAAUUACGGUAUUGUGCAACAUUUUAUGGCAGCUGUGAAAUAUAAGCCUAAAAAAAGAGUGAAUUAAAUUGCCAAGAACUUGUUUUUGUCCAAUGUGCGAGCUUGCAAAUUAGAUUUAAGACUGUAAAAUGCUGCAACGUUGACAAAAGAAUAAACGUACUGAAUGUUAAGUGGGCUGUAAUGUCGCCCUCAUGUGGUGUUGAUGAGUAAUGACAAUUUGACGGUUGAAAAGCCACAAAUGAUGCGCGUGACUAAUUCAAAUCGCGUUUGCAUGGAAUUUGUGCGUAAAUGAUACAACAGUUUGUCGUCGGCUCAAUUUUUUUUUUUUUUUAGAUUUUAUUUGCAUUCAUUAGUAGCGUUGAUGUCUUAUAAGGUCACAAUGCCACCUUUCCUGUUGUAGUUAUGUUUAUUUUUUUUUAUGUCUCACAUUUCAUGUCGUAGACUAAACAAAAAUGUGAUUUGUGACAGAAAAGUGAGACAUUCCACGGAAAUAUAUUGUCUUCUGUUACAAGAAAAGACAGUUGGCCUUAAUGUUUUUCAUUUUUGUGACGCUAUUCGUUCUUUACUCCCCAUCUUAACACAAACUAGUGGAUUUUUUCACAUCUCUAUCACACACACACACACACACGUUGUUUGUUCUUCAUGAUCCAAUACGCACGUUAUGACAUGUACAUAGUGUAAAAAAAAAUCAGAAAUUGGGUUUGUUUUACAUACUGUAUAAUUGCCUAUAUUUUGUUGCAGAAGUGUAACAGAUUUAUGAGACGAGAGGUUAACAUUAAAAAAGGACGUUGACGCACACGCUUUCACCUGGUCUCGUUUUUGCUUUGCAUCCCAAAUCCAAAGAUUUGAUCCAUGUUGGAAUACCCAGCAUUUAUUUGUAACUCACAUUUCACAUGUUUAUAUUUUGAACAUUUAAAGCAAAAAUAAAAUAUUUGACAUUUUUAUCAACCACUAACAUAUAUUCAUACAUUCAAAUAUAUUUCUUAUUCAGGUAUUAAUACAUUCAAACAUAUGCAAAAAGUGAAAUGAUGCUUAAUGGCAAAUAAGGCUGGAUGGCAUUUACAGAUAAGUUGACGUUAAACUGCACCCUCUAGCGGUUAUGAUGGCAGGGUACACUAUAAUGGUUUUGGGAUGGUGUUCAAAGUAUGAUGGAGUAUUGGGGCCACAUUGGUAGAUUUCAAUAAUAGUUGUAAAUUUACGAGAAAAAAAAAGUCAUAUGACCUUUGCCCAAGGCCAAAGAUCUUUUUCAUAGCCGUCUCAGGCAACGUCUGUUACGAAUGUUAAAGUAAAGUGCGUUACGAGAAAAAAA